UUUCCACCACACAUUUCCCCUUCAGGGCGGCAGAGUGGAGGCUGGGGAAGCAUGCCACUCCAAGUUUGAGAGUGAGAGAGUAGACACUGGAGGAAGAAGAAACACAGUAGACACUGGAGGAAGAAGACCCACACACACACGCACACACACACACACACACAGCUGGGAUUGCGUCUGUGGUAUUCAGCAUUCAGAUGUCGUCGUCUGGAUGCUGGAGCGCCACACCUGAAACCUCGAACCUCGAAGCCUUUCAUUUGCAGCAGUAACUUGGGCGGGUCUCGGGGAAGCAGCCAAGCCUGGUGGCUCACAGUGAGUUUGUGUGAUUAGUGGGUAGCGUGUGGGGGCUCUCAUGGCGUCAGCAGACCACCAGUGCGAGCGACACCCCUCAGGUGCCCACUCACACAUCCACCCGCAAUGUCCUGUACACAGCCCUUCAACAGAGGAAGUGAAGAACAGUGGCCUACGCAAGGGCUUGAGCAGACACCGAGACUAUGUGAAGAUCUCUGUACUUGAUGGCAAGGGCAAGCCUCCACCCAUGGAGUGGUGGAAGACGGUGAUUGCGUUCUUGUACGCAGCGUUCAACCUGGUGCUGACCACGGUGAUGAUCACAGUGGUGCACGAGAGAGUCCCAGCGAAAGAGAGCAGCCCGCCACUGCCGGAUAAGUUCUUCGACUAUGUGGACCGUGUGAAGUGGGCCUUCACGGUGACCGAGGUGAAUGGGAUGCUACUGGUGGGGAUUUGGUCUAUACAAUGGCUCUUCCAUAGAUAUCGAGCCAUCUUGGGCAGGAGGUUCUUCUUCCUAAUGGGCACUUUGUACCUGUAUCGCUGCGUCACCAUGUACAUUACCACGCUGCCCGUGCCUGGCAUGCACAUGUCCUGUGCCCCAAAGCUUUAUGGAGACUCACAGGCGAAACUACAGCGAGUUCUGCAGCUGAUCUAUGGAGCUGGCCUGUCCAUCACCGGUUCCCACAUCAUGUGCGGUGACUUCCUGUACAGUGGCCACACGGUCAUGCUCACCCUCACCUACCUGUUCAUCAAGGAGUACUCCCCCCGCUCGUUCUGGUGGUAUCACCUGCUUUGCUGGCUCCUGGCUGCAGUUGGUGCAGUGUGUAUCCUCGUGGCUCAUGAGCACUACAGCGUGGACGUAGUGGUGGCGUACUUCAUCACCUCCCGUCUCUUCUACUGGUAUCACACCAUGGUCAAUGUGCAGGCUCUAAAGUGUUCGCCCAACAACUACCUCACCCACACGUGGUGGAACCCCAUCUUCAACUUCCUGGAGCGUAACGUGCAGUCACAAGUGCCUUGUUCGUUCUGCUGGCCGCUGACCUGGCCUCCAUCCUGCCUGAAGAACCCAUGUAAAAAUUACUCCAUGGUGCAGAGUGUUCGCGAGGAGUGACCGUCAAAUCUUCACCUCCACACUGUUACUUUUCUUUACAAUUACUAUACAAUAUUGGUAUACGUUUAUUUAUGAACACCUGAAAUCUUGCAUAUCAAUAAUACCAAAGACUGAAGGGGUUAUGAGAAAUCAACGGCUCAGGUUUAAUAAUUAUUAAAAAGACACACACACACACACAAAAAAAAAAAAAAAAACCCAACACAACAACAUUAAACCUUUUUUUGGGGAAACCAUGCACAAUUCAAUAACUUUACCUGUUACUGAUUUUAUUUUUUCCCCAAGUAAGUUAGUAUGCAAACAAAUUAUAAGAAUAAUAUUCUAUGAGUAAUAUUUGUUAACAAAAAAUUGUAUUCACUUUGAUUUUUUUUUUUUAACUCAAUGAAGUGGUCUUCAAUUGUGCCUUAUUAAGCAUGUAUUGUUGAAUUUUUUUUUUUACUUGAUUCUAACUUUUGUUGAAUAUUUCUUUUUUUUUAAUUUUUUUUUUUUUUAAACAAAAGAUAACAUUAAAAGUCAAACAAAUUGAAGAGUGUAUUGUAUUUGUUGAUGCAAAUAAAAACUAAUAAUAAACCACAA